UAUAUAUAUGCAUAUGUUUAGAUAUAUGUUUAAAGAGUAGUAUGAAUAUUAAAAAAGUUUUAAUAAGUGAUAAAGUGGAUGUUAGUUGCCAAAACUUACUCGAAGCUAAUGGAAUUGAAGUGGAUUACAAACCUGGAAUUAAUAAUGAACAAUUAAAAGCAAUAAUUGCAGAUUAUGAUGCUUUAAUUGUUCGAUCAGCUACAAAAGUAACAGCUGAUGUUUUUCAGUUUACCACAAAAUUGAAAUUAGUUGGACGAGCUGGAACUGGUGUUGAUAAUAUUGACAUUUCAAGUGCCUCAAGUCAUGGUGUGUUAGUCAUGAACACACCUGAUGGCAAUACUAUAAGUGCAGCGGAAUUAACCUGUACUCUUAUUUCUUCACUUGCAAGAAAUAUUGGCCAAGGGUAUUUAUCUUUGUUGCAAGAAAAAUGGGAAGGUUCUAAAUUUAUGGGCUGUGAGUUGAUGGGAAAGACACUAGCUAUCAUUGGACUUGGAAGAAUUGGUCGAGAAGUUGCUCUGAGAAUGCAAUCUUUUGGAAUGAAGACAAUAGGGUUUGACCCAUUGGUUAGUGAAGAAGAAUCAAAGGCUUUUGGAGUUCAUUCAUUACCUUUAGAAGAAAUAUGGCGACAAUCUGACUUUAUAACUGUUCAUACUCCUUUAAUUCCUCAAACUAAAGGUUUCAUCAAUAAACAGGUGUUUAAAAUGUGUAAGCCUGGAGUUAAGAUAAUAAAUGUUGCACGAGGAGGUAUUGUUGAUGAGGCAGAUCUUUUAGAUGCACUAAACGAUGGUAUAUGCAGUGGUGCUGCUCUUGAUGUUUUUGUUUCAGAACCCCCUACAGGAACAAGUAUGGCUUUAGUGAAACAUCCUUAUGUCUUAUGUACACCCCAUUUAGGUGCAAGCACUGUUGAAGCCCAACUAAGGGUUGCAAGAGAAAUUGCUAAACAAAUUAUUGAUGCGCGAGAUGGAAAGACAAUAGUAGGCCUGGUAAAUGCUCCUGCACUUUCACAGUUAAGCAAUCCUAAAUACACUCCAUGGAUGCGUCUAGCUGAAAAAUUGGGUAGUCUUAUUUCAAACAUUAAGGGUUCUACAAAUAUAAAUUUCUCUGUAAAUGGAGAGUUUUUGGCGCCAGCAUCAAGGUUGUUACUCAAUGCUUUCUGCUAUGGCUUUUCAAAAAUUCAUUCAUUGUCUGGAAAUCUUAUUAAUGCAGUUAUUAUUUUAAAAGAUCUUGGUAUAAACAUAAAACUUACGGAACUAAAAAACCAAACAUGGUCUUCAAUUAAUGUACUUAUACCUGGAGUGGGUGAAUUUAUUGGUAACCUUAGUGGAGAGCUACCAACUGUUUUACAAAUAUAUGAUGUCGCUUUGUGUUCUCCUGUUGUUCUCCAUGAUUAUGUAAUUAUGGCUCUGUCGACGCAUCAUUCUUCUCAAAAUCUGCUAAAUGAUGUAUUAAAUAUAAAUGGUAUUACUAGUGUUAGUACUGGAAAGAAUGGAACUAAUUCUGUUCUUGUAGCUGCUGUAGAAUCUAAAGUGAAUGUCGAAUUACCUUUAGUUUGUUUGAAAAUUUAAAAUAUUAUUUUUUGUGCGACUUUAUGUACGUGAUUUAUAUUUUUAAUCAAUUCGUCAUAUUGGUUUUUCGCAAACGUUUUAUGUUCCUGUAAAAUAAAACAUUAACGAAUACAUCUUAAAAUAUUUAUUUAUCUUUGUAAUUGUUAUUAAACAAUAAUACAAAAAUCUUGACAUGCA